AUGAGGAGUAGACUUGGUGAACAUCGACCCUGCCGACCCAUACGCUUUCCCUCUCGGCCCCCAUAUCACGUCUCGGUCCCCAUAUCGCCCAACCACCGCAAUGUUGGCGUUCAUCAAUGCUAUUCCGGUGCUUCGUGGAAACAGCGCUCGUGCAAACAAUUGCACGCACGUCCGGUCGUUGGCGCAUCGCACCAUACAAACAUCGUCGAGACGGCGCCGAGUGUUUAG